AGAAGAGGGGCGAUUUUCUUAAAUCUUAACGAGUAGCUUGACAAGAACAAAUGAUUCAGGAAGCGAAUUUUGCCAUGAGCAUAUCAAGCAAGUCAAGAUUGCUGGCUGCGGGGGGAAGACUUGUUUGGCUACUGUGAUAGUGAUAUCUGGGCUGGCUACGCUAGUGGCCAGCCAAGGGCUCCGAAACAAAAGGCCAACAUACAAAAUAUGAAUUCGUGAGUUGACUACAGAAAUUGAGCUGUCAUGUGGACUAAGUGGUCAAAAAUGGAGUUCUACAAUAAUUUUAUCAGAAACAUUCGUUCUUCUUCACCCUGCAAAUCCCAUAUGAGCAAAUUGAUGCAGCAAUCUGCGUCCACGACUAGCUGUAAAUUACAAUGGACGAUCAUCCUCCACUAAAGCUCCUUGUGUUUCAAUACGCGACUUCCCUUUUGUUUUUGCUCUUCCACCUCUGCCUCGCAGCCGACAGAGUCACUCCCGACCAACCGCUCCUCAGCAACCAAACCAUCGUCUCCGCCGGCGGCGUCUUCGAACUGGGUUUCUUCUCUCCGGGCAACUCCACCAACUCCUACUUAGGGAUUUGGUACAGCAAAAUCCCCUUGCAAACUGUAGUCUGGGUCGCAAACAGAAACACUCCCAUCCCCGACCGAUCUUCAUCGGCGCUAACCAUCUCCAACGGCACCCUGCUUCUCUUCAGAGAAUCCGGUGUCCCAAUUGGGCAGCGAGAGUGUUAGCAGCAUAUCGUCGGAAUCGCCACCAUCUCUUGAAGCUGUACUCCACGAUAACGGCAACUUCGUGUUAAUUGAUUCUUCUUCUUCUUCUUCGCCGCCGCCGCUUUGGCAAAGCUUCGACUAUCCAACGGACACGCUUCUUCCGGGGGCCAAGCUCGGGAGGAACAAGCUCACCAACGAAUUCACGAGCCUGGCGUCAUGGAACAACGCUUCAGAUCCAGCUCCUGGCGCCUAUUCUUUGCAAUUGGACCCCAAAGGGGAGCUUUUUAAUCUUCUGAAGCUGCAGAACGAUCGCUACAGGCCAGCCUGUGUACACAAGGCUUGCUGCUCUUGAGAAUGAGGACUCUUGGUUCCAGAAGCAAUCUGGAAGAGAAAAUUACUUAUUGGAUUUGGUGCUGCUGUGGGAAGCAUUGCUAUUCUCGUUAUCGUCGUGGCUUUGGUUUCUAUUACUAGAAGAAACAGAAGAAAGCGGAAAGCUGCCAAGAAUUACAUGGCUGAGAUUGAGAAGAACAAGUAUGGAAUAGGGGGAGGGGAUGGGCAGAAUAAUGACACACAGCUCAGCUUUUCCAGUCUCAAGGAUGUAUUGGUUGCUACUGAUAACUUCUCAGAAGCUAACAAGUUAGGAGAAGGUGGAUUUGGGCCUGUCUACAAGGGGAAGUUGAGUGGUGAUCAAGAGGUAGCAAUGAAGAGGCUUUCCAAGAAAUCAGGACAAGGUUUAGAGGAGUUCAUGAAUGAGUUGAGGCUCAUUGCCAAAUUGCAGCAUACCUAUCUGGUUAGGCUCCUGGGCUGCUGUGUUGAAAGAGAUGAGAAGAUAUUGAUUUACGAGUACAUGCCCAAUAGGAGCUUGGACAAGUUCCUCUUUGGUUCAUCUGAAAAGGCAAAGCUGGAUUGGUCAGUACGUGUAAAGAUUGCAGAGGGUGUAGCUCAAGGACUACUAUACAUCCAUAAGUAUUCAAGGUUGAAGGUCAUUCACAGAGAUCUGAAGGCAAGCAAUGUUCUGCUUGAUGCAGCAAUGAAUCCCAAGAUUUCAGACUUUGGAAUGGCAAGGAUUUUCGGUAUUGAUCAGGCUGAAGCAAACACCAACCGUAUAGUUGGAACAUAUGGUUAUAUGUCUCCGGAAUAUGCAUUCUAUGGCCAAUUCUCUGAGAAAUCAGACGUGUUCAGCUACGGGGUGUUGCUGUUGGAGAUAGUGAGCGGAAGGAGGAACACAGACUUCUAUGAUCCUGAAAUCCCAUUCUCACUUGUCUGUUGGGCAUGGGAGCUAUGGAAAAAAGGGAAACCAGAAGGGCUGAUUGAUCCGGCAGUGAAGGAUACCUGCGUUAAUCAUGUAGAAGCCGUGAAGUUCAUCCAUGUGGGUCUUUUGUGCGUGCAAGAAGUUCCAGGUGACAGGCCAACCAUGUCUUCAGUAGCUCAGAUGUUGUCGAGCAGCGAUUCUCAGUCGUUUCCAUUGCCAGGAGAACCGGCCUUCAACACUAGAAGAGCUGUUGUUGUUGUCGAAAGUGGCGAUCAAGUUCGCGUCAAUUGUUCAAACCAGUUGACGAUGAGCUUGCCAACUGGGAGAUAGAAAGCCAGGCACUAAAAGCAUCUGCUAUUUGCAGUGCGAUCAGUAACCUUCAUUGUUGUAGCAGCAGGCCCAUUAGUGCCUAUAUAGUUAUGUAUUACUCUCUGUAAAUCUUAUAAGAAAGGAUUUGUAGUAGAAGUUGAAUAUCACCAGGAAUGGGCAUUCCCCAUAAUCUUCAGAUAAACUCAGGAAGCCACCCCAUCUCACACUUCAGGGGUGAGUUUUAAGUUUUUAACCCUUGAAUUUUCUGGAGUGAAAAAAAUGCAGCCUAGUCCC